AUGCGUGAACUUCACCAACUUCUCAAAGACGUUAAACUUCAAUUGCACGAGCUAAAAGAUGUUCACGAAACAAUUUCAAAGCUUGCCGGAAAAGCUAAUUUGGCGCCGACCAGCCUUGAAUUCGCGCAGAACCUUGAUAACCAUGACGAUUUAUCACAUUUACGUCAAGAAUUUCAGAUACCCAAAGUCCGGGAUGUAGUGUCAAAAGGAAUGGUGCCUGAAAAUGCAAACGAGGAUGCUGUCUAUAUCGCUAGCAAUUCGAUUGGACUGUUGCCAAAGCAUUCUCGGGAGUUAAUUAACGAAGAGAUUGACGUUUGGGCUACACGCGGAGGAAUUGGUUUUUACGCACAUCCUCAUGAUCGUCCAUGGGACAGAAUUGACGAAACUAUAACACCCAAAUUAGCAACAUUAAUCGGUGCCAAGCCAACCGAAGUUGCAGUAAAUAAUGAUCUCAAAACAAAUUUAAAUAAUCUUUUGACUUCAUUUUACACCCCCACCAAGGACCGAUACAAAAUCUUGAUAGAACACAGGGCAUUUCCGAAUGAUGUGAUUUCUGUUGAUGCUCAAAUUAAAUUUCACGGCUAUGAUCCUGCCGAGAGCAUACUAAAAGUUGAACCAACACCGGGUCAAGUCAUUGUCGAAAAUUCAGAUAUUGUAGAUUUGAUAAACAAAGAGGGUAAUAAGAUUUCGGUCGUGUUUUUAGGUGCUGUGAAUUACUACACUGGACAAUUGCUUCAUCUGGAAAAGAUUGCUAAAGCAGCACAUAAAAAGGGCUGCAUUGUCAUAUUGGACCUUACGCAUGCCAUCGGAAACAUCGUAUUAAAGCUUCACGAUUGGAAAGUGGAUUGUGCUACAUGGAGUUCUGAAAAGUAUCUUAAUGCUGGCCCGGGCUCAAUCGGCGGUAUAUUUAUUCACGAAAAAUAUUCUCGCGAUUUUGAUAAUCCAAGGUUUGCCGCUUUAUGGGGAUACAAAAAAGAAACACGACUAAGAAUGGAGGAAGCUUUCGACCAACCCUCGAUCCUUUAUGUAGCCUCAUUAUUGGGUAGUUUAGAUGUGUUUGCAAAGACCAAUUUAUGGGAUCUUCGCACGAAAUCUAUCCUUUUGACUGGUUACCUGGAAUUUCUUCUUGACAAACUAAUUGGUGGGGCUGGUUACGAAAUGUUAACCCCAAGAGACACACGCCAACGCGGUGCACAAAUUUCAAUCAAGUUGGUUGCUCAAGAUAAAAAUUUGAUAGUAAUAAGAAAAUUAGCGGAUCGUGGCUUUGUCGUUGACGGAAGAAAAUCGAUGAGCAUUGUAAUGACGCCGGUACCAUUGUAUAAUACUUUUACGGAUGUUUGGAAAUUG